GUUGUGGUGGGGGAAUGAAUACAUUAGUUGCAGAAAGGCCGCUGUUUAUAGGAACUUGAACCAAUAUUUCAUGAAAUUCAUCAAAAUACAAUCCCUUUUUUCCAAGUUCAUUUCUCAUUGGCUUUUGAGAUCUACUUAGUUUUCUAAUAUACAUUCUCCACUUGAUUUCAAAUUUUCAUUACAAAAACCUCCCCCAUUUUCAUUCCCUUCCAUUCUCUUUAGCUUGUCCUGCUCCACAUAUCUGAAAAAAAUGAAGUUCUUUGGUUGGAUGCAAAAUAAGCUCAAUGGGAAACAAGGAACCAGCAAAUCAAAUACAAUAUCUGCUACUUAUCAUAUGAAACAAGAGCCUCGAGAGGAGUUCAGUGAUUGGCCACAUGGACUGUUAGCAAUAGGGACAUUUGGUAACAACGAGCUUAAAGAAAACCCUGAAUCCCAAAGCACCAUUCAACAGGAUCCCAUUGAGAUUCAAGACCAAGAGCCAUGUUCGUCCAAUGAUUUACAAGAGUUCACGGUCGAAGAAGUCGGGAAACUACAAAAGGAACUAACGAAACUCUUGUCCCGAAAACCGAACCCCGACACAAAAAAAGAAGUAGCAAGUUUACCAUUGGAUAGAUUUCUUAAUUGUCCAUCAAGCUUGGAAGUGGAUAGAAGGUUUAGCAAUGCGGUUUGCAGUGAUGCAGGGGAUAGAUCGGAGGAAGACAUCGAUCGAACCAUUAGCAUUAUCCUCGGCAGAUGUAAAGACAUAUGUGGUGAAGAUAAUAAGAAAAAGGCCAUUGGGAAGAAAUCAAUUUCUUUCCUUUUGAAGAAGAUGUUUGUUUGUUCAGGUGGAUUUCCACCUACACCAACUUUGAGAGAUACGCUACAAGAAUCAAGAAUGGAGAAGCUUUUGAGGGUAAUGCUUCACAAGAAGAUUUACAGUCAAAAUCCAACUAGAGAAUCAUCAAUGAAGAAAUACUUGGAGGACAAGCAAACACACAAAAGGCAAAAAAUUCCAGAUGAAAAUGAAACACUGGAGAGAAAGAGUGAAGAUGGAGGUAAAUGGGUGAAAACAGAUUCUGAAUAUAUUGUUCUAGAGAUAUAA